UGCCAGCACAACGCAAACGACCAGCCAGCCGCACCUGCUCCCUGCUUCGUGUCUUUCUUGUCUGCGUCUGCGUUUGUGUCUGCGUCGCCUGGGUUUAUCAUCACUGAUCCGCGAGUUCAACACCACGAUGGCGAGCAAAGGCGUGCGCGUGAAGAACAAGCAUGCUGCCCCCGUGCAGAUCACAGCUGAGCAGAUUCUCCGCGAAGCAAACGAGCGGCAAAUCGAACACGUCGCACCGAAACCCGAUCAAAACAUCUCCGACCCAGAGGAGUUGGCAGAACUGCGAUUGGAGAAGCGCAAGAUCUACGAGGACAACAUUCGCAAGAACCGCGGUAAUGUUGGCAACUGGAUCAAAUACGCCCUUUGGGAAGAGUCCCAGGGCGAAAUCGAGCGUGCUCGCUCCGUGUUUGAGCGCGGGCUGGACGCGGACCACCGCGCAUCGGCGCUGUGGAUCAAAUACGCUGAGAUGGAGAUGAAGCACCGACAGGUCAACCACGCCCGAAACAUCUACGACCGCGCCGUCACCAUCCUGCCCCGCGUCGAUACAUUCUGGUACAAGUACACGUACAUGGAGGAGAAGAUUGAGAACAUUGCUGGUGCGCGGGCCAUCUUCGAGCGGUGGAUGGAGUGGCACCCCGUGGAACAGGCCUGGAACUCGUACAUCAACAUGGAGCUCAGAUACAACCAAGUCGAGAACGCGCGUGCGGUGUACGAGCGGUACAUCCUGUGCCACAUGGAGCCCGCGGUGUGGAUCAAGUACGCCAAGUUUGAGGUCAAGUACGGAGAGAUUGACAAGGCCCGCAGCGUGUACGAGCGCGCGGUGGAGUUCUUUGGCGAAGACAACAUCAGCCCAGAGCUCCUCGUCAGCUUCGCCCAGUUUGAGGAGAGGCAGAAGGAGUACGAGCGGGCGCGGACAAUCUACAAGUACGGCCUUGACCGGAUCCCGAAGGAGGCGGCGCGGGAGCUGUUUGACGCGUUCACGGCGUUUGAGAAGAAGUACGGCGACAGGAAGGGCGUCGACUCGGUCAUCCUCAACAAGCGCCAGUUCCAAUACGAGAAGGAGGUGGAGGAGAACCCGCACAACUACGAUGCGUGGUUCGACUACAUCCGGCUUGCAGAGAGCAGCGGGGAUGUGGACAAGGCGCGGGACGUGUACGAGCGCGCCAUUGCCAACGUGCCGCUGGUGGCGGAGAAGCGGUACUGGCGGCGGUACAUCUACCUCUGGAUCUACUACGCCGUCUUUGAAGAGCUCGACGCAAAGGACAUGGAGCGGACGCGGGCGGUGUACAAGGCGUGCAUCGACCUCAUCCCGCACAAGUCGUUCACGUUUGCAAAAAUCUGGCUGCUCGCUGCCCAGUUUGAGAUCAGGCAGAAGCGCAUCUCAAGCGCCCGCAAGCUUUUGGGCCGCGCCAUCGGGAUGUGCCCGAAGGACAAGCUCUUCAAGGGAUACAUUGAGAUUGAACUCCAGCUGCGGGAGUUUGACCGGUGCCGCACGCUGUACGACAAGUACCUCGAGUUCAACGCGAGCAACUGCCAGACGUGGACACGCUAUGCGGAGCUGGAGACGGUGCUGGGCGAUGAGGAGCGUGCACGCGGCAUCUACGAGCUGGCCGUCGCGCAGCCGCUGUUGGACAUGCCCGAGGUGCUGUGGAAGGCGUACAUCGACUUUGAGCACGCGCUCGGGGAGACAGACCGGGUGCGGCUGCUGUAUGACCGGCUGCUGGAGAAGACGAACCACGUCAAGGUCUGGAUCUCGUAUGCAGAGUUUGAGGCCGCCCAGGACGAGGAGGACAGCACUGCACACGCCCGACACAUCUUCGAGCAAGCGCAUCAGGAGCUGAGCAAAGGCGACGACAAACAACAGCGCAAGAUGCUGCUGGAUGCGUGGUUGUCCUUUGAGCGCAGCUGCGGUGCGGAUUCGGAGGCGCAAAAGGUUGUGCGCAUGCUGCCGCGUCAGGUCAAGAAGCGCCGCGAACUCGUCAACGAAGAGGGGCAAUCCGACGGCUGGGAGGAGUACUGGGAUCUGGUGUUCCCGGACGAGGAGACGAAGCCGCACCUGAAACUGCUGCAGAAGGCGCAGGACUGGAAGCGGAAGAUGAUGGAGAUGCAGCAGAAGAAGAAGUUGAUGCAGCAGCAGGAGCAAGAGGAGGAGGAGGAUGGGGACAAGGAGGAAGAGGAGGAGAAGAACGAAGAGAAGAAGGAACAGGAGGCGGAGAAGGACGAGCAAGGCGGCGAGGAUGACAACAGCAGCAAGGCCGAUGAGACAAGGAAGGGGGAAGACGGAGACGCAGGUGCAGCUGAGGGUGCGGCAGCUGCUUCCGCUUGACAGUCCUGUCAUGUGAACUGUGGUGUUCUGUGCACUUGCUCAUGUAGUUGCUUGGGAGCUUGUUCAUGCCUGCGAUGGAGAUACACAACCAUGACCCUUUGUGUUGUUGGUUUGUGUGACACCACUUGGUGUUGAUGUGUGACCUUUCGUUUCGUUUACUGCUUAACGUUCGUUGAGCGAAUCGAAAUGCACAACAAACAGUCAUCAGAUGUA